CGGUUGGGGAAAAAAAAAAGAGAUCACAGUUGAGCGGCUCAAGCGGGGGGAGUUGCCCGUCCAUUCACCGGUGCUCGCGGGGGUCUUUUUUUUGUUCGGCUUGUCCCCGGCAGCCGGCUGUCCCUCAUGGAUACCUCCAGCUGGAAGAAGAGACAGUUCAUGAACAGACGGGCCUCCGCCAACUGCCGCUACCAGCCCACCUGCUACGAGCACGCUGCAAACUGCUACACCCAUGCAUUCCUCAUCAUGCCGGCCGUCGUGGGCAUGGCGCUGCUGCAUCGUCUGUCGGACAGCGGCUGGGAGAGGAUCACCGCCUGGGUGUACGGCGUGGGCCUGUGCGCCCUCUUCCUGGUCUCCACCGUGUUUCACAUCAUCACCUGGAAGAGGAGCCACAUGAGGUCCAUGGAACAGUGUUUCCACAUGUGUGACCGAGUGGUCAUCUAUUUCUUCAUCGCUGCCUCCUACACACCGUGGUUGAACCUGCGUGAACUGGGCCCUCUGGCGGCACACAUGCGCUGGUUUGUUUGGCUCAUGGCGGCUGCUGGCACCAUCGAUGUCUUCAACUAUCAUGAAAAGUAUAAACUUGUCGAGCUGGCCUUCUACUUGAUGAUGGGCUUUUUCCCCGCGUCAGUCGUGACGUCAAUGAGCAACACGGAGGGCCUUCAGGAGCUGGCCUGCGGCGGACUCCUCUACUGCCUCGGCGUGUUCUUCUUCAAGAGCGACGGCGUCAUCCCCUUCGCCCACGCCAUCUGGCACGUGUUUGUGGCGCUGGCCGCGGCCGUGCACUACUACGCCAUCUGGAAGUACCUGUACAAGGCCGGCGGCUCGGACGCCCUCCUCCAGUCGUGACCGCGGGCCGGAGGAGGCGGCGUGGGGAGGGCCCCCCCCCCCCCCC